CAGUCUCCAAGGAAACUUCAUUCGCCAGUCUUCGGUGUGGGUGACCGCGUGUCGCCGUGUGUGUUUCGAAAAGCUUUUUUUUGUGCAGUCGGAGAAUUUUAGCCGCCGCCUUCCAGCUUUGGCCACUUAGCGGAUUAUUGGAUUUUACACCACCUCUGUUUCAUGUCCUUGGCUAUCAGCUAAGGGUGACGGGCCUCCUCCCCCGUCGAGGGAGACAUGGAGUCGAGGAUUGGAUUGGACUACAUCGUAGAAAAUCCGGAAUACACAGUAAAACUUGCCGCAGCGUUGGACACCAAUAACGUUACGGUUAAGAAACAAGUCUUCGAACUUCUAUCCGCUCUUUGUGUAUAUAACAGCGAAGGCUACACGCGUGCUCUCGACGCACUGGAACAUUACAAGACUUUAAAAUGCGAGAGAUACCGGUUUCAAGUUAUCCUGAAGGAGCUGGAAGGCGCGGUAGAGGUGGACUACCAGACGGCCCUUCUCGCCUUCAUCAACUGUCUAAUCAUAUCGACCCCGCAGCUGAAGGAGAGGAUGCGAAUAAGGAACGAGUUCAUAGGGCUGAAGCUCCUACCUUUGCUCAAUGAACUGAGGAGGUCCGGGAAAGGGGUUCACGACCUUAGGGUCCAAUUGGAUGUAUUCGACGAGCAGAAGGAGAGCGAUGAAUCCCAGACGAGUCAGACAUCUGCUCAUGGGCUAGAUCUCAAUUCGCAUUUGGACCUAUUUUAUGCUAUUCUUCACAGAGUGGCUGAUACUCCACAAGAGAUUCCAUUCUUGUCGAUAUUACAGCACCUUUUACGAAUAGACCCAAAAGAGGCAGUGAGUGACAUUGUCUGGGACACGGCGGAGACGUUGGUCCAUCGGGCGACUUUGUUAGAAAGUAGAGAAGACGCUACAAAAUUGCUUAGGUCACCGAGCCAGAGCAAAUUGUGCUGCAUACAUCAAGGAGGUGGCCCUAGGAAACAGAGCCUCGUCCCGUCUAUUCAGUCAGGACCGGUGCCGCCUCCUCCACCACCCCCACUUUCUGCGGUGCCGCCUCCUCCUCCACCUCCACCCCUGCCUCCGCCUAACUCUACGAUGGUCAGGCCACCGCCGCCACCACCUCAAUCCUCGAUCACGGUCACCUCUCUUCACCGGCCUCUCGCCGUCCCUCCUUCUGCCCCUCCCAAUGCGCCUUCUGCGCUGUCCUCAUCGCCCUCAGCAUCUCCCUCGGCUAAGCUUCUUCCCCAGCAGGACACUCCGACACCUAAAACCAAAAUGAAAACGAUCAAUUGGAACAAAAUCCCAGAUAACCGAGUCUUGGGGCGACAAAAUAUUUGGUCCAUGGUGGCUAGAAAUCAUCAAGGCUCUCCGAUGGCGGACCUCGAUUGGUCAGAGAUGGAAGGCCUUUUCUGUCAACAAGCGCCACCUCCGCCUACAUCUGCUAGUCCGAAAACUUUCAAAGACAGCCCUGAUGUCAAUUCACGACGUAAAGAACCAGCAGAGAUUACCCUUUUGGACGGAAAAAGAAGUUUGAACGUCAGUAUAUUCUUGAAGCAAUUUAGGAGUUCUAAUGAGGACAUAAUACAAUUAAUAAAAAAUGGUGAGCACGAUGACAUCGGUGCAGAGAAACUGAGGGGCUUGCUCAAAAUACUGCCCGAGUUGGAUGAAUAUGAAAUGCUGAGAGGCUUUGAUGGAGAUAAAUCAAGAUUAGGAAAUGCUGAAAAAUUUCUUUUGCAACUCAUCGAUGUGCCCAACUAUAAACUGCGAAUUGAAAGCAUGCUUCUUAGGGAAGAAUUCAACGCCAACAUGAAUUAUUUGGAACCGAGUAUUUCUGCUAUGAUAAUGGCAGGAGAAGAUCUUAUGCGAAAUGAAGCAUUGAGAGAAGUUUUAUACAUGGUUGUUGUUGCUGGCAAUUUCUUAAACUCAGGAGGAUAUGCUGGAAAUGCUGCCGGUGUGAAGUUAUCUUCUCUACAAAAACUGACAGACAUCAGAGCAAACAAGCCUGGAAUGAAUCUCAUUCAUUAUGUGGCUCUUCAAGCUGAAAAAAAGAAAAAAGAACUUCUUAAGUUUCCAGAUGAUAUGGUCACAUUAGAAGACGCAACUAAAACUACAACGGAACAAUUACAAAAUGAAAUUAACGCUUUAGAUAGUAGAAUUAAAAAAGUACAUAGACAAAUAGAUCUUCCUUCGACCGAAAAAGAAAUAAAAGAGCAAAUGGACAAUUUUCUUAAGAUUGCUGACCAGGAAGUUGCUGCUUUACAAAAAGAUAUGGAAGAGCUCGAAUCUGUUCGAAUAUCAUUAGCCGAUUUCUUCUGUGAAGAUUCGGCCACAUUUAAGUUAGAAGAGUGCUUCAAGGUUUUCCAUGGUUUCUGCGUAAAGUUUAAACAAGCUGUGGUCGAGAAUGAACGUAGAAAACUACAAGAGGAACAGGCCGCAGCUAGAAGGAAACAAAGAGAAGAGCAACUCGCUAAAAAACGAACAUUGGGUGCUCAAACUUCCAAUGGCUCCGAGUCUGAAUGUAAUCUUGUUGAUUCCCUUCUCUCUGACAUACAGUCAGGUUUUCAAAAAGGGGCUGAUAUCAAGGUUCGAAGAAAUGGUACUAUGACUUCAGAAGAAGACGUUUCAAUAACUGGUUCUCCAGCUUUGUCGAGAAGACGGCUUGGAUCCUUCUCCUGUGACCAGACUGUCGGUAGUGGACGUGAAGAGACAUAUUCACCAGAUGUAACCCCUACUGGAAGCCUGAGACGCAGAAGGAGUCGUGUCCCAUCAGAAGAGGACGAAUCAAGCCUCAUGGAUUAUUUAAGAGCUUCAGGACAUGAUGCAUCAAGAGAGCGCAAAUCUUGGGGCAGCCUUGAUCGGUCUUGGGCAAGACGCGCAAGGGGUGGAGGCCGAAAACGGCCAGAUUUACUUACCGCAGACUUUUCCGGUGAAAGAGAGAGGUCCACUUCUCCUUCUCAGAUGCCAUCAACACCAGAAGAAGAUAGCAAGCCCAAACCUUGGAAACAAAAAAUUGAAGCAUGGCUCUCUGAGAAUGAAAAGGAAGACAAACACAGUGAUGGUAUACGUAGACGAGCGAGACUGUUCCAAAGCAAUAGGCGAUCCCUUGAAGCAGAAUCAGAGAGCGAAGGGAGAGCAAAUACUUUGGACACCUUACCUGAAGGCAAACUUGCAGAAGGAAACAUGCAAUACAAAAGAGUUUAUUCUGAUUGGAGACCUACAAUCGAUAAAACAGAUGUCGUAGGUGCGAUGGAAGCAAUUGCAGAAGCUCAGCCUCAAUCUCCUAUUAAGGAUAAAUCGCCUUGGAGGAAAUCCAACUUAAAUGUUUCAAACACAUCAGAGCAGACUGAGCUCGAUGUAAGACGACUGAGAAGACUUGAGAAAAGAACAAGUUUAGAUUCAAUAAGUGAGGAAGAAAAGAGAAAGGAGGUUAUUAGGAAUUUAGGACAAGCGCCACUUCCUGAAGAUAGUCUCCCCGUUUAUAUACGUUGUCCGAAAGAUCAGCAAGAGGCUUCUUCUAAUAUGAGUGUAGCUAAUAAAUUUAAGGCUGGAAAAAUCAGCCCUCUAUUGGCAAGAAGAGUGUUCCCGGAUAUUAACGACAGGUCACCAGACGAACAGAUGCUGCCACCUUUUGCUCCUAGGAGGACAAAGAAGAACGAUACUCCGAUCGACAGAGUCGAGAUUGACUCGGACAACAUAGAAACGCCUCCUGCCUCCCGCAAGUUAGUGAAUGCUGAAACUGAGAGGAAGCCCGAAGAGCCAGCGCCAUGCUCAAGACUCAAAGAAGCCCUCAAAGAUGAGGAAGAGCCACUUGGCGAUGGGCAGUUUGAUAGAUUCUCAUCUACUAGGAGGACUCGUCGUUACCGCAAGCCCAUUGAGGAAGAGCCGGCUAAAAAAGAAUCGACUGAGCUGAUACCUGAGAAACAGAUCAUGAAAGCCGAUAAACAACAAGUCGAAUCAAAACCUGUCGAAACGCCGCCUCUCGACAAAGAAUCUAGAUUAAAGAAAUGGCAAGACAAACUCAAAUACAAAGGGGAACCUGAAGAAGGUCCUCUUGCAGUAAUCAACAGGUCAGGUGAAGAACUGAAGAAACUAGGUUCAUUGACAUUACCUAAAUCAUACAAGCUCAAACAAGAUGAGAAAGUUAGCAAGCGCAAAACAGAAAUCGACCAAAACGACGUGGCCAAAGCAUUGACAUCGUUAAAUGACAAAAUUAAGCCAAAAUUUGUAAUUCCAGAGAUUAAAGUGAAAACACGAGAACACGAAAUGAACGAUGAAGGCUUUGAAGAGACCCAAAGCCUAGUUUCCGAGAGUCCUAGUCAAGGUGCAUCGUCUGGAAAUUAUGAAGGGGAUGUCGUUGAUGCGCCAAAGUCAAAAGACAAAACAACCGAACGAAAGCCUGUCCAAAGGAGCAGUUCGGUGAGAUCUACAACACCAGUUGAUAAAAAGAGCAUCAUUCCAAAACGAACCGCAAGCCUGAGAAGACCGGAUCUUUCCGGCACUAAAUUAUCCUCCAAAAUAGAACCGAGUCCUGUACAAAAGAGAAUUUUAGUAUUAGCCAAUAAACAACACACCAGACCCGCUGUACUAAAGAGUGACAGCGAUAUUAUUCAGACACCUCGGGCCAAACCGGAAACUGUAACAAUUAAACGAACACAAAGUACAAAUAGGCCUAAAAUGAACCAUUGUCCAGAACUUCUUAAAAAUAAUGUAGAAAGAUCGAGUUCAAGAAGCAGCCUGAGGAGUUCAAGAAGUUCGCUUGCUUCUAUCAGUACUGUGAGAAAUAAAAGCUUAUCGUCAGACCUAUUGAAGAAGUCGACACUUACAAAGAAAUCAGACGAGAAGAAAGAAAUCAAAAAGCCUUUCGGUGUAACACAAAUCAAAACUCGGACUAACAUACCAGCGAGUCGAAGCUCAAGCAGCGGAAGCUCGAUCGGCGUUCCUACCACAAGCUUGAGACGUCCCAAGGCCAAUUCAGUAAUAAACACAAGUUUUAAAGAAAAUGCAUCGACCGUCCCUGCCAGUCGCAGCAGCAGCAGUGGAAGCUCGAUUGCCGGGCAUGUCAAAAAACCUGAAUUGAGCUUCAUGCGGCCAACAGCCGCUAGCUCAGCGAAGGACACAAUAGACUCAACAAGGCUGAGAUCGACCCUCAGGUCUAUAAAAUAAAAAUAUCAAAUGCUAUUUCAUUUUUCAAAACAGGGCUAGUUUAUAAAUUUAUUAACUUUUUAAUUUGAACGGAACAUACGUCAUAAAAGUAUUUUGUAGUAUUCUUACAUAUAUUUUUUAUAUUUUGUCCAAUUUUGUGUAUUUAUUCGAUUUGACAAAUUGUUUCGAUCACAUAAAAAACAUUGUUUUUAAACAAACUAAUUUAUUUUACAUAUUUUAACUUUUUUUAUAGAAACUAAUUUUUAAAUUACUUUAUUUUCUUAACAAUAUUUUUUUCUCAUCACCUAAACGUUUUGUAUUAUUGUAUAAACUUAAUAGUGUAUAUUUAGAUAAUUUACUUCUUAUUAGUCUUAGUUUUCCCACCUCUUUAUUGUAAGAGGAUUUUGAGAUUUUAAAAACUUAACCUCAUUUAAUAUCUAGUCAAAUAUCUGUUUUGAAAAGACAUUGUUUAGUGUUUGCUUACUUCCUCAAAAAUAAGUAUAAAAGCAAUGAGAUUGCUUAUUUGUCUUUUCUAAUGUCCAUUUUUUUCUUUGUUUGUAUUUUAAUCCAUUGACUAAAAUGUGGUAUUUUUAGAUCUAUUUGUUAGUACUUAAAAAUUGUGGAUGUUCUUUUCCUUUCUUUUUGUAAACUAUUGUACAUAAUUUAUAGCUCUUUGUUUUUUUUAAUCUUUAUUCUACAUAAAUUUUACUGUUGUAUUUUGUGUAGCGUUGCGAUUAUCCCCAAAUAUUUAUCUCUAAAUGAAAAUAUAUGGCAUGCCAAUGUUGUAAGGUGAUAGAGUUUGAAAUACACAAAUACUAACACAAGUUUUAA